GGACCUGAUGCAGUACCGGCGGAUGGUGUACGGCCUGCGCAAUGCCACUGCGCACUUCCAGCGGGUUAUGGAUUUCCACAUACGGCAGCACGGGCUGCAGGACUUCGUCUGCGCCUAUGUGGACGACCUGCUGAUCUUCUCCAACACCUUUGAGGAGCACUGCGAACACCUGCGCCGUGUUUUCGCCAUGCUGCGGGCCAUCAACAUCCGUCUGCACCCGGAGAAGACGAUGGUGGCCAGCGACUGUGUGGAGUUCCUGGGGUUUAUGGUCUCGGCUGACGGCAUGGGCCCUACCCGCGCCAAGGUAGCCGCCUUCCUGGCGCUCACCUCGCCCACGUCAGCCACCGCUCUCAAGACCAUCCUGGGCAUGUACGGCUACUACUGCGACCUAGUCCACCAUUACGCCGACAUCGUCGCCGGCAUCACGCCGCUGACCUCCAAGAACGUUGUCUGGCGCAGCGACACUUGGCGUCCUGAGCAUCAGGCGGUGCUGGACGAGCUCAAGCGCAUCUACUCUGAGGAGGGGCUGGUGCUGCGGCGUGUGCACCCCGACCGGCCCUUGAUCCUGCAUACGGACUUCUCAGGUGUGGGAAUUAGCGGCGUGCUGGGUCAGCUGGACGAUCAGUCGCGGGAGUACAUGUGCGCCUGCAUAUCGCGGUCGCUGAACGUGCAUGAGCGCAAGUACACCAGCUACAAGGGCGAGCUGCUGGCAGUGGUCUGGGCCGUCAAGCUGCUGCACAGCUACCUCAGCAGCCGGCCGUUCACGGUCGUUACCGAUCACGCCCCGCUGCUGUGGCUGAUGACGACCUCGGAGGGCCUCACCCCGCAGUACGCUCGCUGGGCGCUGACGCUGCAGGCCUACGACUUUGACGUCGUGCACCGCCCAGGCCACCUCCACCAGAACGCGGAUGCCCUCAGCCGCAGCCCGCUCCCGUCUGCCCAUGACGGUUCUGGUGCCCGUCUUGACGAGGAGGAUGACCCCGUUCGCCCACCGCCGGCGCUCGUGGCUUAUCCUGGGGUGGAGUGGCCGUCGUUCGCCUUCCGCCGCCGCCUGCCCACGGCCGCGGCGGUACUGGCGGCCCGUUUCGCGCUGUCCCCGUCCACAGCGUCGCCAGCCAGUGUCAUCUCCUACGCCGCCAGCUUGGCGCCCGUGGCGCUGCUGCCAGCAUACACGGUCGUUGCGGC